AUCCCUUUUGGGCCUUUGUCACCACAUCAGUGUUGCAGCACGGAAUUCCAGAUCUGAUUGACGAUAUUGGGCCAAUCAUCUCCUUUGUUCAGCUUUCAAUUUCCGAUGAUGUCUUUCGAAACCGGCUAGAAGCCUCGGUGGUGGAAACUACGCGCGCCCUUCCCCGCAAUGUCAGGGAGGCCACCCCACGAUUUGCAGGUUUCGUGGACAAAGACUAUAAAGAAGCUACCAGCUGCCCCUCCGGGACCAAAGAUUUUCUUUUGGUGGAAAGGUCUUAACUGAGAUAUCUAUCGCCAACCUAUUUGGCCCGUUGUUUCUCGUGAAAAUGUCCUCGACAGCUACAGCUACAGAAACCCAAACGGCCACAAAGCCGGCUAGUGCAGCCAGAGACAAUCUCACCAUAACCUCGGGAAAACCGGAAUUCAAGGCGUUCCCGAAGCCGCCAGCCUUCGAAGAUAAAUAUAAAGAGCGGGAGUAUCUCAAAGGAAGACUGGCCGCCGCAUUCCGGAUCUUCGGCAAGAACGGUUACGACGAAGGAGUGGCAGGCCAUAUCACAAUCAGAGACCCUGUUGACACGACUACAUUCUGGGUUAACCCGUUCGGGGUAGCAUUCUCCCUUAUCAAAGCAUCCGAUUUGAUCCAUGUUGAUCAUGAGGGAAAUGUUAUUGGCGGUGGGGAGGUCCGAUUGCUGAACACCGCCGCGUAUGCAAUUCAUUCCGCCAUCCACACAGCGCGACCCGAUGUUAUGUGUGCGGCUCAUAGCCAUAGUAUCUACGGUCGCUCAUUCUGUGCCCUUGGGAAGCCACUGGACAUCAUAACACAAGACUCUUGCGCUUUUUACAAUGACCUUGCCGUCUACAAACAAUUCAACGGGAUUGUCCUAGCUGCAGAAGAAGGGAAGAAUAUCGCGUCCGCCUUGGGAAAUAAAAAGGCGGCUCUUCUUCAAAACCAUGGGCUUCUCACGGUGGGGAAGACUAUCGAAGAGGCCGUAUUCUGGUUUGUCAGCCUGGAAAAGUGUUGUCAUGCUCAAUUGAUGGCCGACGCCGCUGCCAUCGGAAAAGGAGGAGAGACAAUCAAGAUUCCCGACGAGGACGCCGCGUUCACGUAUAAGUCAGUUGGAACACCGUUUGCGGGGUAUUUCAGCGCAAAACCGCUUUUUGACGUGAUCCACAAGGAGACGAACGGCGACUAUCUGCAGUAACCCGGGGUGGGGGGUCAUCAGCAAGAAUGGGUUGGGGAGGCGUCAAUCACCGGUAGUGUCAGCUACGCAAGUGUUGCGCAAAGUUUGUUCCUUGUACAGAGGAUUCUUGUGCUCUCGACCGUGGGAGCUCUGGGAGUCUAUGGGAAGCGUCUAGAGGGACCGAGCGAUGUAGAUAUAUACGGAGUACAUAUGCCGUAGUUAUGCACACACAAAUGCAUAAAGUCCCAAAGCG